CGGGAGCUGGGUCCUAGCGAGCAGUGACUGGCAGAAGCUCCGCCCAGCUCGGUCAUGGGGACCCCACAGAAGGAUGUCGCCAUUAAAGCGGAUGCCCCUAGAACCCUCCUGCUGGACAAGCACUCUGAAUAUAUUGAGUCUUAUGGAGCUAAGAAAGAUGAUUAUGAAUACUGUAUGUCGGAGUAUUUGCGGAUGAGCGGCGUGUACUGGGGUCUGACCGUCAUGGAUCUGAUGGGGGAACUUCACCGUAUGAACAAAGAGGAGAUCCUGACGUUUAUCAAGUCCUGUCAGCACGAGUGUGGCGGCUUUAGCGCUAGUAUCGGCCACGACCCCCAUCUCCUGUACACACUGAGCGCCGUGCAGAUCCUGACACUUUUUGACAGCCUUUCUGAAGUAGACACAGUAAAGGUGGUGGAGUAUGUGAAGUCUCUGCAGAAAGAAGACGGCUCGUUUUCUGGAGAUAAAUGGGGGGAAAUAGAUACCCGGUUUUCCUUCUGUGCUGUAGCGACACUUGCACUUUUGGGGAAGCUCGAUGCUGUUAAUCUAGAGAAAGCGAUAGAGUUUGUCUUAUCGUGUAUGAAUUUUGACGGUGGUUUCGGCUGCAGACCGGGCUCUGAGUCCCAUGCCGGCCAGAUCUAUUGUUGCACAGGAUUUCUGGCCGUCACAAACCAACUGCAUCAAUUAAACGCCGAUUUACUGGGAUGGUGGCUUUGUGAGCGGCAGCUGCCGUCAGGGGGACUCAACGGACGCCCAGAAAAGCUCCCUGACGUCUGCUAUUCGUGGUGGGUUUUGGCUUCUCUAAAAAUAAUUGGAAGACUGCACUGGAUAGACCGAGAGAAGCUGCGCCUGUUUGUUCUGGCCUGCCAGGACGAGGAGACGGGGGGAUUUGCAGACCGGCCCGGUGAUAUGGUGGAUCCAUUUCAUACUCUGUUUGGUAUUGCCGGAUUGUCUCUCCUAGGAGAAGAAGUAAUCAAGCCGGUGAACCCGGUGUUCUGUAUGCCGGAGGAAGUCCUCCGCAGGAUCGGGGUGCAGCCGGAGCUUCUGAGCUGAAGCCUGCGGGGAGAGAAGCGUCGCCGUGAUCAGCUGCUAUCGUUCCCUUGCUGGCACUAUAGAAAGAAGCGAGGGCACAGGGUCAGGAGCGUUCGCUCCCAUGCAUUGUAUAGCUUUUAAUUUAAUUUCUUUGUAUUUGUCAAUUUUUAUUUUUUCAGUGACUGGAUUUUGGUAUGUUCUAUAACUAGGCGUAUCACUAACCGCGCAAUAAAGAUGUAUGUG